CUCUUGCUUCAUCCAAGUAAUGGAAAUACAAUUACCCUUAAAGGAAAAAAAUAAAGCAGAGUCACAGGCGAGCACGCACAGACCUUGUCUUUCAUUUUCUUGUUGCUUGAGUUUCGAACAAUCCGGAGCAAGAAGAGUGUGAGAGAGCAGAAACCCUCACUUUCAUCGUACAAUAUCCAUCUUGUUACACCGUCCUCAACGUCAUCGGCGUGGUGGAGCAAGCACGUCUGCCGGCCGCUGAGAGGUCCAGAACGAGAUUCCUGCCUUUCCUCUGUUUCACGCUGCCAAUCCUUCGUCCUUGCCAGUUGCUGUUAAGCUCGUUCUUCCAUCACCGUCGCUGCUGGAGUCGCUGUCGUCUGCCGCUGCAAGGAGUUUCGUUCAGGUCACGGACUCUCCUUCGGUCUCUGCGUUGCUGUCGAUCCGUGCCCUCCCUGUCUCUGCGUUGUAGCAGUGCUCUUGGGUGGCCAUGAAAACUUGAUCCUCUCCCUUCAUUCCUCUUUGUUCCUUAGGUUUUCACCCUCUACUUAUUCCUCCCCUUGAGUUAGUUUUAGUCUUGCAACAAGAUUUUAAUACUGUUAGUGCAGGAUUUUAUUUUCCCUUGUUAUGAAAGAAAAGAGAGAAUAUUUAAACAACUAUUACUGACUUUCAAAUGGUUUCACAUGAUAAUUCUCCAUUACAAUUGACUAGUCCAAGUUCCCAUCUAACUUUUUGGUUUACAAUGCUUGAAUAUGGAGAACAAAAUUUAAGAAUUUAUAGUGAUCAUCCAGGUACAUCGAGGCUCAUAAAACUAGCUCAAUAGUCAAUAACUUAAACACAUACACAUGCAACCUUAACAGCAACGCAAUAAGUAACUGAGAGACAAUUUAUCAUGAAUUCAGGAGAGAUAAGGUCAUAACUGAGGGAAUGAGCAAGCAAAUGGAACAAGAAAGAAACUUUUUCCUGUUAAGAGAAUGAGCAAGAAAAUGGAACAAGAUUAACAAGAACAAACACGAGAAAAAUAAAAGGUCCAAGUUUCCUAUAGGUAGGUUAAAAAAAAAAAAACAGUUGUGGACAGAAGAUACGAAGGAAUCCUAAUGGUAGCCAACAAAGAGUAGAGCACCUUGGGGGGGGGGAAUGAGAAAAAGGGGAAAAAAAAGAUUAGGCUAUGCCUAACAUUCUUAUUAGACUUGAGAAAAUUCAAUGAAUACUUCAAUUUUUCCCCAAAACCAAUAUAAACUCUAUUUUAUAAAUCAUGGUUUUGGGUUUAUAAUUAAUUUUAUCAUGUAUAGAGAUAUUCUAAGAAAACUAUAGUUUUGAAUUUAUAAUUAAUUUUGACAUACAUAAUGUAUGUCUAAAGAAUUUUUUUAAUACAAGGUCGUGGAAAAAUCGUGCAGAAAGAUAAAAAAUCAGAUCAUGUUAGAUUCUAAGAAGAUCUUGCAUCUUGAAGGAGGAUGAUAAAAAAUUAGAAGAUUUAAUUUGUCUUCAAAUGCUUGGUAUGUUAGCAUAUGGGUGCAUAUGUUACUUCUCCAAACAUAUGAUUGAAAGUUUAGUCUGUCAUGAUAAAAUUUCUAAUUUUCUUAAUAGAUUUGGAUAGAGGAUGACUUUUGAAGAAAUUAUAAUGAAUGAAUGGAAGGACUUAGAAUGACACUAAUUCUUGUCUUCUUAAGGAAACCAUGAUUUUUAAGUUGAUAAUUAAUUGAGUGUAAUAGAGAAAGAGAUAUUUGGAUAUUUUUUCACAUUAUUGUGGCGUUGAAGUUUAAAAUUAAUUAUCUUUAUUAUCUGCACUGUGUCCUAGUCCUCCUCCCUUCUGUAGCGGCUGCACUUUGAGGAGUGCAACCUCCGUCUCCGAUCUAUGACUGCCGUCUCCAAUUUCGGACCUCAUGCUUGUUAAACUCCGACAUCCUCCUCCUCAAUUCGCAACCUGCCCUUAACGCCUAUCUGCUCCUCGAUCUGUCUGCUGGGAAGACUCUUGCUGUGUCAAAGAGGCGUUUCUCUGCCGUCUUCUACGUUCACGUCCUUCUGCUGUGACAUCCUCUCCACCGUCUGCUUUCAGCCAUUUCAUCCUCUUUGAUCUGUUGGUUCUCUUCUUUGGGAGUCCAAGUCCAACAUUAUUGUCUCAGGCAUUCUAAGCCUCCUGCAAGUGACAGAUAUAACAAGUUAAACUAGAUUCGAUGGACUGAGAUGCCAUAGUUCGCUUCCAACACAUUGAACAUUGAUCAAAUUUUCAUGCUUCCCGUUCUGAUUCUCAGAAAUAAUGGCGUUCAUCAGAAACUCUUUUGUACCUGCAAAUCCACUUCUAUUUUAUGCAGACAAGACUACCCAUCAUCUAGUUAUACUACAUCCUCCUCUUCGGCUCAACCUACAUCUCAACCAGCUUCUCAAUCAAUUGUGAAAAUGGUAUGCUCAUUAGUGUGUGAUUCUUACUAUCAGCAAGCGCACAUGAGGGGGUCACAUCCAAGGCUUCAUCUUAAUGUGGAUGCUGAUUCUUUGACUCAUGAGCAAGCCGUUACGGUGGUUGCUUCCCUUGCAAGUGAAGCUGGAUCAAUGAUAGCAAUGAGUUUCUUGAAUUGGGCAAUUGGGUUUCCUAAAUUUCGGCAUUUUAUGAGGCUCUAUAUAGUUUGUUCAAUGUCAUUUAUUGGGAAUAGAAAUUUCGAGAAAGCCCAUGAAGUGUUGAGGUCUAUGGUGAAAAUUUUUGCUGAGAUUGGGAAGUUGAAGGAGGCUGUAGAUAUGGUGAUUGAAAUGCAUAAUCAAGGUCUGGUUCCUAGCACUCAAACAUUGAAUUGGACUGUGAAGGUUACUAGUGAUCUGGGGUUGGUUGAAUAUGCAGAACAAUUGCUCGAAGAAAUGUGUGUGAGAGGGGUUUGCCUAGAUUCAACUAGCUAUAAGUUGAUGGUUGUUGCAUAUUGUAAAAUAGGUAAUAUUUUGGAAGCUGAUAGGUGGUUAAGUGCCAUGCUUGAGAAGGGCUUUGUAAUUGAUAAUACCACAUUUACAUUGAUAAUAAGAACCUUCUGUGAAAAGGGUUUAACAAAUAGAGCAACUUGGUAUUUUCAUAAACUAAGUGUUAUGGGUUUGAAGCCAAAUUUGAUUAAUUUCACGUCUAUGAUAGAAGGUUUAUGUAAAAAGGGAAGUGUGAAGCAGGCAUUUGAAAUGUUGGAGGAGAUGGUCCGUAAAGGUUGGAAACCCAAUGCGUAUACACAUACAGCAUUGAUUGAUGGUCUUUGCAAGAAAGGAUGGACUGAAAAAGCAUUCAGACUUUUCCUUAAGCUUGUUAGGAGUGAAAAUCACAAGCCAAAUGUCCUUACUUAUACGGCAAUGAUAAGUGGAUAUUGCAGAGAUGGCAAAUUGAACCGGGCAGAAAUGCUGCUUCACAGAAUGAAGGAACAGGGAAUAGUCCCAAACACCAACACAUACACAACACUUAUUGACGGACACUGCAAAGAAGGUAAUUUUGAUAGAGCAUAUGAAUUCAUGAACAUGAUGAGCAAUGAAGGUUUUAUCCCCAACAUUUGUACAUAUAAUGCCAUUGUUGAUGGCCUUUGCAAAAAGGGAAGGGUGCAAGAGGCUUACAAAUUGCUCAAAAAUGGUUUGCAUCAUGGAUUGAAAGCUGAUAAAGUCACCUAUACUAUUCUCAUAACUCAACAUUGCAAACAGGCAGAUAUUAAUCAGGCUUUGGUGUUGUUCAAUAAGAUGGUGAAGAGUGGCAUUCAAGCUGAUAUUUAUUCAUACACCACUUUAAUUUCAUCCUUUUGUAGGAAAAAGAGAAUGAGAGAAAGUGAGAUGUUUUUCAACGAAGCUGUAAGAAGUGGAUUAGUUCCAUCAAAGGAAACUUAUACGUCCAUGAUAUGUGGGUAUUGUCGAGAAGGAAAUUUGAGUUUGGCUAUGAAGUUUUUAUAUAGGAUGAGUGACCAUGGUUGUGCUCCAGAUAGUAUCACUUAUAGUGCUCUUAUAAGUGGUCUUUGUAAAGAUUCAAAGUUGGAUGAAGCUCAUGUGUUGUAUGACACCAUGAUAGAAAAGGGGCUUAUCCCAUGUGAAGUUACUCGGAUUACUUUGGCCUAUGAGUAUUGCAAAAUAGAUGAUUGUGGCUCUGCUAUGGUGCUCCUGGAAAGGCUGGAAAGAAAACUCUGGAUUCGAACUGCUAAUACAUUGAUCAGGAAACUAAGUAGCGAGAGAAAAGUAGGCAUGGCAGCUUUGUUCUUUCAUAAGUUACUAGACAUGGAUAACCAUGUCGAUAGAGUAACAUUAGCAGCCUUUAUGACAGCAUGCUAUGAAAACAAUAAAUAUGCUCUUGUUUCUGACUUGACUGCAAGGUUAUAUAAGGAAAAAUCACUCCGCAGUCCAAGUCAAUAAGAAAAUUUGAAAUACAAAUUCUUUUAUCUGAUCAUCCAUAGAAUGUUGCAUUUUGUUGCAAAAUUUCUUGUAAUCAUAAUUCCACUCGAUCAAGAUUUUGUGGCUUCUUGUGUUGAUUUCUGCAUUAGAAUAUCCUGCGAAUUUGAUCAAUUCAUGAGCUAUGAAGAGCAACAGUGGCAUGCCACUCCCCCUCUAGGAAUAAUGAGAAUUCCUUAGAUAAAAAAUAUCAUAUUAAAUUCUAGGAAUUUUUGCAUUUUUCUCUGAUUCAUGUUUCCUUUGUAUUUUCUCCUUUAGAUUUAUCCACCACUUUAUUUAUUCUUCAAUUGGAUGGCAAAUACACUAUCAAAGAAUAAGAUUGUCCAUGAUUUUGAUAUUUCACUACUUUGUUUGGCGCCAGUCUGUGCAGCUUAUGAAUGUAAGUAGCAUUGUCUCUAAUUGAAAUAAAGAUGUUCAGAAAUGUAUUUUAUGUUUUUCUUUUUUCCCCCCUGUGUACAAGCCUGGUAAUAUAUGUUUAGACCUUACAUCCUGCAUGUCCCAAUUAAGUUUUCUUGCCCGUGCACAAUAAAUUCUAUUUUGGGCUUGUUUUAUUGGAACAGAUUUGCCCUUUAAGCCAAAAAUUGUCACCGUACGAUGUUCAUGUUAUACUGAGGACCUCUGAAGGAAUGCACUGCUUGGUAGGACUACUGACCCAGUUAUUACUAUUUUCAUACUUAUUUUUUAUUUUCCUUAAAGAUGGCAAGCUGAGGCUUGAAAGACAAAUAAAAUCACAACAAAUUGACUACUAGAGCAUAAGCUCCUGUCCCUAUUGAAGUACUUAUUUUUUAUGUUUGUCAUAUAUAGGGAAGUUUCUGAUGAGUUUUUUUCUUUCUUUUUUUUUCCUUGUACUUGGUUAGAGACAUAUAUCUUGUAAUGGAUACUAAUGCUGAGUUUGUUGAAGACUAGUGUCAAUAAGCAGUAGAUUCUGAGUUGGUUUCAGCGUGAAAUGUUAGGUAUAAGCAAACUGAAGUUUCUUUCUUUCCAUUCAAAUUUUCUUCCUCCUCUCUUAUUCCAUGAAGCUCAAUUUCUCUUCAGUUCAAUCUGUAUAUAUAAUAAAACAAGAUUACUAUAAGCUGCUGAGAAAAUGGCUCAUAUAUGGCUCCUCACCCAUAUCACUGUUCAAUUGAACAGUGUCGGCUUCCUCUACCUCUUCAGCUUACAUUGGGCUUUGUGCUGUUUUAUCUUAAUAAAAAAUUAUCUGUUCUUUCAUCUUUUAAAUUUUAAAACUCCCUCCUUUAGGGGGAAAAUGCUGAUCACCUUGAGCGUCGUGAAUGUCAAUUCAUAUGACCUCCCCUGCUCUACUCACAGUUCAGAGGAACCCUUAGCCUCCCUCCUCUACCCGAUAUACUCUCUACACAACCUGAGCUUCUCACCAUCAUCCUUCUUCUCCUUAGUUUUCACUCCUACUGAGCUCUCAUUGGUGUCAAUGCUUAGCCACCUUCAUGCAACCCAUUUACUACUCUACUUCAUCACCCCUAUUUAGAUCUGACUACAGGUUUUGGACUGGAUAUGAGCUUCUACUUGGAGUGUUGUCAGAUUCGAUCAUAUCGCUCUUCAAUCUUUUCCUCACUGUCCUUCACAUACUCUAUUUAGUGCCCUUCGUUCUUCAGGCCAGAUGACCUACUUUCAGCGAGUAAAGGUGCUUCUAGUGACUCCAGAUCUACACUAAGAAGGAAAUGAGGGUUUGAUGAAUCGAGUCACCAUGGAUGCUGAUUGGGAUUAAUAAUUCAUCCAAGGGACUGAUUAGUCUUUUGGGGAUUUAUUUUGGAUUUCUCUUUGAAUAAUGGAGUUCCCUUGCUGCCUGACGUGACAGGGUUUGAAAACGUUGGGUGAUUUCUUGACUUGGAUUCUUAUAUAGGUUGAAUGAAUUGAAUCAUGGAGUACCGAGACAAAGAGCAGCAUCUUUGUGGCUUUAAUUUCUGCUUUUAGUUCAUCAUCGGGUUCUAAUGCUGUUGCUCCUAAACGUUCCACAACAACUCAAGGAUCACAAAGAGCAGCUGCAGUAGCUGCUCUUUUAUCAGUUCUGACUACUUAAAGGAAGUUCUCUAGCAGGAAACACCACCCUUGGGGAUAAUAAAGCUUAUCAAUGUUAGAUGGAGAGGCAGCACAUUACACACUUGCUGAUACUGAUAGAGAGAAUUAUAAAAUAAAAGGAUGGAGAGAGGGAGAGAGGAGGGAACAAUAGCUAAGACAGAUUUAGAUUUUGCACAAAUAUAAAAAGCCAUGUGAAUGAAAGGAUGAGAUGGUCCUUAAACCACCUUAUGAGGAGGUUCACGAAACAGCUUGAUUCAUGAGAAUUAAGAAUACUAGGGGUAAUUAGGGAUAUAAAGUUAGUUUGGGUAUUUUGUCAUAUUCUCUGUAAAUAGGUCUCCAGGUUGUAAUGGGUGAAUGGGUGAUUGUGAAUGGAAUUGUUAUCUCUCUCUCUCUCUCUCUCUCCCUCUCUCCCUCCCUCCCUCCCUCCCUUGUACCUCUAACACAGCUGAAAGUAUUUUUUUUCCACUUA